AUGCCAUUGCCACGCAAUGCCAAGGUGCUGAGCACUAAGGGGCCCCGAGCAAGCAUGGUGGGUCGUGCUGCAGAGAAUGAGCCUCUAUUGCAGGAGAACUCUCAGCCCAAGCGGUUUCUGCCCUCACCCCAAGGUGGGCCCAAGAAGAGGUCGGCGUUUGGGGACAUCACCAAUGCUCACAAGAACCAGGUGGUAGCAGGAAAGAAAGAGACUGUGAAAGUGGCACCACAGAAGGCACAGAGGACUUGUGUUGUCCUGGGAGUGGCCAAGAACAAUGAGAUCAACCUGAAAAAGUCAAUGAAGAAAACUCCAGGAGAGGUUCCUGCAGAGCCCAAGGAAGUUCUUUCACCAGAGGAGCCAAUGAUUGUGGAGGUACUGAAGCCCUCCAAGGAGAGGCAGUUUCCAGCAGUGGAGGACGUAGACAAGGACCAGCUUGAUGACCCCUAUGCCAACGCAGAGUAUGCCAAGGAGAUCUUUGAAUACAUGCGGGGAAGAGAGGAGAAAUUCAUGCUCCCCAACUACAUGGAGAAGCAACCAGAUAUCAGCACGGACAUGCGUGCCAUCCUGGUAGACUGGAUGGUGGAGGUGCAGGAGAACUUUGAGCUGAACCAUGAGACACUGUACCUGGCUGUGAAGCUGGUGGACCACUACCUGGCGGAGGUGGAGACUAUGAGGGACAAGCUGCAGCUCAUCGGCUCCACCGCCAUCCUCAUCGCCUCCAAAUUUGAGGAGCGGUGCCCACCCUGCGUGGAUGAUUUCCUUUACAUCUGUGACGAUGCCUACAAGAGGGAAGAGCUGAUUGCUAUGGAAGAAAGCAUCCUCAGCACCCUCAAGUUUGACAUCAACAUCCCCAUCGCCUACCGCUUCCUGCGACGCUUUGCCAAGUGUGCCCGUGCCACCAUGGAGACGCUGACCCUGGCUCGCUUCCUCUGUGAGAUGACCCUGCAGGAGUAUGACUAUGCCCAGGAGAGACCCUCCAAGCUGGCUGCCAGCUGCCUGCUGCUAGCACUCACCAUGAAGAACCUUGGUGGCUGGACCCCCACACUGGAACACUACAGUGGGUACUGUGCCCAGGACCUGCAUCCCCUGGUGAGGAGGUUGAAUUUCCUGCUCACAUACCAACCCUGGGACAAGCUGAAGGCUGUGCGCACCAAGUACUCCCACAAGGUCUUUUUUGAGGUUGCCAAAGUCACCCCCAUGGACAUGCUCAAGCUGGAGGAGAUCCUGAAGAGCUGCUAG